UGGUGUGCCGUGGCCCAAAAAAGGUUGGCAAACACUGCCCUACAGAACGGAAGAAAAAAGGAAAAUAAAGUUUCUGAUGUGAAAUGAAGCUCUGGUCGGAGUCAUAUGACCAUGUGACCAGAACACAGACACACUUUCACUCUCUUCCUCUCCCCUCUCGCCCUAUCUGCUCUCUUUAAAUCUCUCUCCCUUCGUUUUAUCUCUUCGUAUUCCUCUAUCAUUCCCUGACCAUGACUCUCUCCCUCAGUCUUUCACCUGUCUUUCCCUCCCUCCACAGCUCACUCGAUCCCUUUCACUCUUCCUCUCCCUCUCUCCAUCUCACCCACCCUCAUCUGUCUCCCUCCCCCUCUCUAACUCUCUCUCUCUCUCUCUCCACUCUGUGGUUUUUCCCGGCAGCGCUCACACUCAGCAGCAUCUCUCCAGCAGAAGUCGCUGAAUCAGUCAGUCCAGAGACCACCUAAGAGUCAGGGGCGACAGGCAAACGACCUCCAGCAGAAGGAUCAGGGACUGUAGAGAGACCACACUGAAGCUCCGACAGGAAGCUCUUUCUCUCCCCCUCUCUCUCUCUCUCUGUCUUAUUUUGCGGUGAAGCGCAGGGAAACUUGGACUCAUCUCGUUACGCACGGUUGGUGGAGGUUCCUUUGCCCAAAAAGCGCGUCCGGAACCGGGAGAAAGUCCGGGAGAAAACUCGCGGGAUUCCGACAUUGAAAUAACCCUAACUGCUCAAAGAGAAUUUGAGGAUUUAAUUCUCCAUCAGUGAUAUCUUCAAACUGUGAGGAUAAUGAUCUCCACACUAAGUACAGCAGGAUACUCAGCUCUGGUGGUGUAAUUACUCUGUUACAGCUGUAACUUAAGAUACAACACACACACACCCACAGAGACACACAAACACACUCACAGAUGGAUCGGUGGGGACUUUAUCUGCUUUACCUUACAUUACUGGCUCUGUUGGAGGCCAUAUUGGCCGGCAGUGACUGUUUGGUUGCCGGAGACUUAUGUUCCAGUGAUGAGGUCUGCAGUCCACGUCUGCGAACGCUGCGUCAGUGUGUGGCCGGCGACGGCAGCAUGAAGUUGGGCCCCGGGGCCAAGAGUCAGUGUUCAAACGCUGUGUCGGCCCUAAUGUCAAGCCCUCUGCACGGAUGUCAGUGUAGACGAGGCAUGAAGAUGGAGAAGAACUGCCUGAGCAUUUACUGGAGUCUUCACCAGGCGUUUAUUCAUGGACUGAAUUUAGUGGAGCCUUUUCCCUACGAGACUGUGCUUAGAGAUUACGAAUAUGUGCGCUUGGCUUCUAUAACAGCUGACUUGGACGUUGGCAUGACCAACGUAAACCGCUGCCUCGACGCAGCCAAAGCCUGCAACGUGGACGACGUGUGCCAGAAGUUACGCACAGAAUACGUCUCUGCCUGCAUCAAACCCACGUCUAAAUCAGGCCCGUGCAACCGCCCCAAAUGCAACAAGGCUCUGCGGAGGUUCUUCGACCGCGUCCCGGCCGAUUACACUCACGAACUGCUGUUCUGCCCGUGCACGGACACGGCGUGCGCAGAACGUCGGAGGCAGACCAUUGUACCGAGCUGCUCCUACGAAGGCCCUGAAAAACCCAGCUGCAUCUCUCAAAUACGGAUGUGCAAAUCGGAUUACGUCUGCAGGUCGCGGUUGGCUCAGUUCCAGUACGACUGUGAACCUUCUGAAACGGCCGUCAGUGGAUGCAAACAAGGAAACUACGCAGCCUGUCUGCUGGCGUACACUGGACUCAUAGGAAGUACCAUCACUCCCAACUAUGUAGACAACUCCACGUCCAGCGUGGCUCCAUGGUGCUCAUGUUCCUCCAGCGGGAGUCAGAGACAAGAAUGUGAUCAUUUUCUAGGAACUUUCACCGACAACAUCUGUCUCCGCAACGCUCUCUUAAAGUUCGGAAGUGAAUCCGAGCAGCAGCCGACUCUCGGCCAAACCAACGUACCCAGGAGCACCAGCAGAACCACCAUCACCACCUCCAUCACCAGCACAGAGAACAGGAGGGCCACAUCCUCCCCACCAGAAACGAAAGAAACUCCAAACAACGUUAUAGAUGCAUUCAUACCAACACAGGCCCUUGGGAAUGAAUUACUGGUGGGCCUCUCUACUUUGCCAUCAAACAGCCUCCCAAACUCGGCUUCUCCUCUCUGCCUAACUCUUCAAACUGCCUUCAGCCUUCUGUUCUUGCUCCAUCUGCUCAACAACGGACAGUGAAGAACUGCGGGGGAGCAGUGGCAGCAUUAACCUGCUCGUACGGAGCAGAUGGACGGAUCACUGCAGUUCAGAGGAACGUACACUGUGUGCAGUGAAUCCUUCCUUUUAAAUAUGUACAGAAGUCUUUUUUUUACCGUCCGUGUCUCUGUGGUCCAGCUUCCGUCUGAUAUCUGCUUCUGACUCAACCGUUGGAAACGUGGAUGCCUAAAAAUGUCUGUACAGUCGCACAUAUUUCACUACGAUGGAGUCUCGCCAAAACCGGUCCUAGUCAGUUUCUGAUUCCAUGGACUCAACUACUGUAGAUGUCAAAUCCAGUAAAAAUGUUCAGUAUUAUUAUAAGAAAAUAUAUAAAAAAUGUGAAUAACAAAGACAUGAAAAAUGUCGCUGCCAGUUAAGGAUUGUUUUUUUUUCAACAUAAGCUCUUAUUUGAUUUCAUCUCUAAAAAUCUUUGGAUUCACUAUAAACAAUGCGUAACGACUCGAAGACCACAGUUUAACACUAGUGGACUUCACAUGGACGUAUUGACCGGAAUGCAGCAGAACGUCGAAAGGUGGGCAGUAAAUUGCGAUUCUGCUGCAGGAAAUGCAGCUUUAUAACACCUUUCUGAAAAGGAUGAAGGUGGACCAUUAUUUCUGAUCGAUACUGGACUGGAGCGGUGACAAUGAGAGACAACACAGAGAUGUUUUGCUCCCAGACAAAGACAUAAAAGUCUGGAUUAAAUUCCUUCUUUUUUUUUUUUUUUUACAGCCUGCCUCCGCUGCAGCUGCUGUACUGUGUGUUGGUCAACAUCAAUGUGUUUUAAUGCCAUGUCAUGUGAUCUUUUUGAAUUGAAGCUUUUUGUUCCACACACGCAGGUAAAGUGAAGAAUCGUGAAGUUGGACGAUGACGAAUGAUGAGUUUAGGGAAAGUGUCUCUAAAUUCUGAAUGUGAACCAGAGGUGCUUUAAAUAAAAGUUCUCACAUCUUUCCAGCAUCUUCUUUAUUUUUUACUUUUAAAUUCACUUUUUACUUCAUCUGCUACUUCUAAAAGUUCAUGUAUUUAAGCCAGUCAUUUUCAAAGACCAGUUCCGUAUGUUUCACAGCUGAUCUAUUUUAUCACUUAACUGCAGAAGUUUUCAAAGUCUCAGUGAGAGCCGCCUUCCAAGGAGCAAAACACACACUCACACACACCUCAUGCAUCCUUUGACACAAAUGCAUGCAUGUGCAUAAUCUUAAAAAGAUGCAAGUUGUACGGAAAAGUAAAAAAAAUGCUAUUUAAAACAUAAUGCAAAAAA